AUGGCUAGACCAAGAAGAUCUGCUACAAACCCUCCUCCUCCUGCUGACGUGAACCAAAUGGCUCACGCCAUCGAGGCUAUGGCAGCCACUGUUAGGCAGAGUCUAGAUAUGAUUCAGCAGCAGCAAGCUGCAAACCAAGCCGCUGCUGCAGCACAGGCAGCAGCAGCUACUGCCUCAGCUGCACCUCCUCCUAAAUACCAUGGGUUGUCAGAGUUCAGGAAGAAUGAUCCUCCUCAAUUCACGGGGGUGGAUGGACCAGAUGCUGUUGAACUCUGGAUCAGGGAGAUUGAGAAGAUCUUCCUAACUAUGGGUUGCGCCGAGGAGAGGAAGGUGUUAUAUGCUACUUAUAUGCUGAUAGGGGAUGCAGAGAUGUGGUGGCACAGAGCUCGUGCUAUGCUGGAAGCCCGAGGUGAAGUCAUCACUUGGGCUGUAUUUAGAAGUAGUUUUCUGGGAAAGUUUUUCCCUUCCCAUGUUCGUGCUGCCAAAGAGCGGGAGUUUCUAAACUUGGUGCAAGGAAACUCAUCAGUCUAUGAGUAUGCAAUACAGUUUGAGCGACUUUACAGAUUUUAUUCUCACCCAACCUCGGAGGAGUGGAGAUGUCAGAGGUUUUCAGACGGGUUGAGAACUGACAUAAAGAGGAUUUUAAUCCCACUUAGGAUCACAGAAUUUGCUGACUUGGUGGAUCAAGCCACCAUUAUAGAGAGUCUUAAUGCAGAGGAUGUUGGUGGAGUUGGGAAGGCUCCAUCUAGUAGAGCUGCUAGUAGGUAUGGUAAUGGAAGUAAGGGUGCUAAGAAGGGCCCCUACAGUCGGUCGCUACGCCAACAGGGAGCAACUUCUUCUGCUCCUAGAGCCUCAGUGCCGCAGAUUGUCAGAUGUUUCAGGUGUGGUGGGCCACACUACCUAAGCCAGUGCCUACAGGCUGAUGUCAGGGUUUGCUUCUCGUGCCAGCAGCCAGGGCAUCUUGCUAGGGACUGUCCUACGCCUAGUGGGGCAGUUUCGGCUUCUGCUAGCGCCUUGCACGCUGUUAGGCGUAAAGCGACUAGGGCUCCAACGACAACCAGAUCGAGAGCAGAGGGACGUGUAUUCACUACUUCUGCAUCAGAGGCAGCUCAGGCAACGGAUCUCGUCCAGGGGACAGCGGUAGUGGCAGUUCGUCAGAGGAACAUGCAGAGCAUUUAA